AUGACACGAUUCCUAGCAAGCAUGCUACGUUCCAGAACGUUUAAGGUGCUUGCAAACGGUACACUAUCAAAUGAAAAACUUAUGGAAACCGGACUUUGCCAAGGAUCGGUCCUAAGUGUAACGAUGUUCCUCAUAGCUAUCGAUACAAUCAAGCAAUACUUACCCCCAGACGUGCUAUGCUUGCUAUAUGCAGACGACAUCGUCCUAAUCGCUAGCGGAGAGAACGCCAAGACGGUCGAAUCCCGGCUGCAAAAUGCUCUGAACAUGGCCGAAAAAUGGGAAGCUGAAUCUGGAUUCAAAAUAUCGGAAGCAAAAAGUGCCACGGUUAUCUUCAAAAACACGCGCUCCUGCAAACCGGGAAUUCCGAACUCCCUACAACUCAACGGCACACCAAUACCCCGAGAGAAUAGCUACAGAUGCCUAGGAGUUAUUUUCGACCAAUGUCUUCAAUUCCGGAAACACGCAGAAGAAAUUAGAGCCAACUGUCAACAGAGGAUUCAAUUCUUACGAAGUGUGGCAACCAGAAACUGGGGAGGAGAUAGACACACGCUGCUUAAACUUUAUCGAGCCACUGUCCUCGAAAAGUUACUAUACGCCGCACCUGUAAUCUCCGGUAUGAGUGAAGUAUUGUUGAGAAGACUAGAAACGAUUCACAACGCUGGAUUAAGAACGAUCAUAGGAGCAUUCCACACAAGCCCAAUUGACAGUUUACACGCAGAGAGUGGAAUCCCGAAUAUACAAACCCUACUUGAGCAAAGAACCGCCAUCUUUGCGGCACGUAGAAACGCUAUACAUAACGGCAGGAUUGACGAACCCAACGACAAUGAAAGAAAUCUGAGCGACGAUAGUAACCCAUCCAGUGACGAAACAAAGGACAGCGGAGAGCUCUGGGGAACAGCAGCUCGCAUAAUCAAAGAAGCCAACACAGCCAUAUCAAGAGGAAAGCACGUCUUACAAAAAAUCGACCUAACUGUACCGGAGAUAGUUACCUUCACAUGCCCAAAUGGUUCCAAAAACCACGAUAGAUGUGGCUACAGCGUAGUAUCAGAGGAUUUGAAAAUACAGAAAAGAAUUAACGGCAUGUGUAGCAUAUACUCAGCUGAAAGCUUAGCAGUCAUGGACGCACUAUCCUGGAUUGUAAAUAACCCUAGAAUAGGAGCUUAUUUAAUAUGCACCGACUCGAUGAGCGUACUCACAACAAGAAAAGGCACAGAAGUGAUCGUGUGCUGGGUACCAAGCCACGUUGGUAUUACCGGAAACGAAACAGCGGACCAAAACGCGAAGCAGGCCCUAAAAUCAAAAAUCAUAGAUAACAAGCAAAUUGACCUAGAAGAAUUUAAAGCGAUAAUAAAAAACGGAAUACUGAGUAGGUGGCAGCAAUGUUGGUAUCAAGAAACACGCAACAAACUUCGCGAAGUCAAAAAUACAAUUUCACCUUUUACGGAAGCAGUUGGAACAAACAGACAAGAAAGCGUAAAAUUGGCAAGACUACGUAUAGGACAUACACUUUUCACACAUAGUUAUCUGUUGGAUAAGACCGAGACACCACGAUGUCAGCUGUGCAAUAGCAUACUAUCGGUUAAACAUGUGAUCGUAGACUGCGCAGCACUGACGGAAAAGCGUGAAAAAAUAGGACUGUCACCCAACCUGCGGGAAGCCCUCGCGGAUGACCAGGAACGAGCAAAAACAGUGAUAAAAUACUUCAAAGAUAUUAAGCUAUAUGAUCAAAUUUGA